UCUUUGCAGGCUCUUGAGGGCACCUAUAUUGAUAAGAAAUGUCCGUUUACGGGCAAUGUAUCAAUUAGAGGCCGGAUUCUUACCGGUGUUGUACAAAAGAUGAAAAUGCAACGCACUAUUGUUAUUCGCAGAGACUACUUACAUUACAUUAGGAAGUACAAUCGGUUCGAGAAGCGACAUCGCAAUAUGAGUGUCCAUCUCAGUCCGUGUUUUAGAGAUGUAGAAAUUGGUGAUGUA